AUGUGGAUGACAUCUCGACAACUGCCAUCCGGUGUCAUUGCGGCGCGGAGCAUGAGCGCCGCAACAAGCGGCAAGCUGGAGGCCUUUGCCGUUGAUGCUGCUUCCGUGGCAGAGAACUCCCGGCAGGUUGCAGCCGCCUUCAAACGGGAUGGCCUCGCCGUGGUGAGACAAAUCUUGCCACCGGCCGUGGCAGAGGCUCUUUGCAGCCGCGUUGAUGCAGAACUUCGAGCUAGACAGUCUGAAGGAGACGACAGCUAUUUUGGCAACGUCUACGGAUACGAGGACGCAGGGCAGCGCUGGGAUCUGAAGCUUCGACUCUCGCCUGAGGUGAAAGAAGCGAUGCGUGCCCUUCUGGAGUGCCUACAAGGCGUGCUAGAGGCUUUGCGGCCAAGUUGGCAGCUAACCGAGCUCGCAGCCUGGAUCUCUGUCCAAGAGGCACAUUUCGGCACUGCAAAACUUGAGAUGGGUGUGGCAGCUUCUUGGCUCGCUGAGGCUAUGUGCACUUUCCCGUCAGAUCCGGGGCAACCAGUGCACGCUGACACCUCUCACGUCUAUGAUCAGCAGGUGGUGACCAUCUUUGUAGCUCUACAUGACGUGCCCACCGAGCGAGGGCCCACCAAGAUGUAUCCGAGGAGCCACGUGGACGGGGAACUUCACUUGGGUAUGAAGGAGGUUGAUGAAAGCAGCGCAGUACUCUGCACACUGUCGUGCGGAGAUUGUGUCUUGAUGGACAGCAGGCUGCUCCAUUGUGGCACCGCAAAUACAUCGGAUUUGCACAGGUUCUUGUUUUAUACCUCCUGGAUGCCCCCGGCACGGAGGUCGCGUGGUUCCACCAACACCAUCCUGGCGGAAUAUGAGGAGAAGCUGUCUCUCCGCAGGUGGCAAGAGUGGACGGCGGAAGACUUUGCAUGCAGCCAAAGUGUUGCACAGUGAGAUGUAGAGAAAGGCCCGAAAGCGGCCAUCUCUUUUGAUUGC